CUUAUUUUUUCCCCCAAACUAAUUAAAGUAAUAAGUGACAAGUCCAAAUAAACACCUUAUAGUUCCUUGCUCUAUUCAUUCUUCGAAGAAACCCGACCAUAAGCAUAGAACCCUAAAUACACUGAUGUCGAUCGAUUCGAUUCGCUUCUCUGCUAAAUACCAUCGCCGCUGCUGAAGGCUGCGAAGAACACCACAGACGGCUCUCGAUCGUCAGGUAGCUUGGGGAGAACAUCAUCGGCACGGUCAAUCUCCAUCUUCUGCGAAGAACACCACCGACGGCUCUCGAUCGUCAGAAUCUCCAAAGGCUUCUUUUAAGAUCGGAUCUAUGGAUUGACUGUCCAAGCACACACGGUCUACAAAUAUUUUGUUUUAGCUAACUUAUAACUUUCUCAAGAGAAUCUCCAAAGGCUUCUUUUAAGAUCGGAUCUAUGGAUUGACUGUCCAAGCACACACGGUCUACAAAUAUUUUGUUUUAGCUAACUUAUAACUUUCUCAAGAGGUGAAAGCAAGCCAUGUCAAAGAAUGAAGAAGUCAUGGAUGCUUUUGAUGUGGACGAAGGGUUGUAUGAUAGGGGCCAACGCCCUAAAAGGAGACAAAAGACAAAGAAGAAAAUGCUGCUAAAGAAAUCUGCAGAUGAUAAGGUGGUGGUAAAGGUGAAUAGGUUUGGUGUUCAUGCAGGUAAAGAAUGGACAGAGCUGGCCAAUUAUAUUGGUGUCUUAGUGCGGGAUCAUGUUUCCAUAGUGCAUGAUGAAUGGAGGCAUGUGGCAGUUAAACUUAAAGACGAAAUGUGGAAUCAUCUUAAGGAAUUGUUCGUGUUGAGUGAGAAUUCAAAAAAGCAUGUCUUAGCUACUAUGAGUGUAGCUUUUAGAAAUUUCAAAUCUGAGUUGCGAACUGACUUUAUCUAUCAACAUGAGCAUGAGCUGGAGAAGUUAGCAUUACCUCCCGAGGAGUACAAACACAUUUCGGAUAAAGAAUGGAAGUUAUUUGUGAAGAAGACUUUCUCUGAAGAAUUUGUGGAGAAAAGCAAUAAAGCGAAAGAGCGCCGAAAAAAGCACAAAUUGAACCACCGAUUGGGUUCUACUGGAUAUGGAGGCUUGCUUUUAAAGAAGCAAGAAGAACUUGGAGUCAAUCUGGAAGACAUUGAUCGUUGUGAUACAUGGUUGCUUGGCAGGAAAAGAAAAGAUGGGACCUAUGAUGAUGAUGUCAAAGAAGUGGCAAAUGAAAUAGAGGACCUGAAGCGCAAAGUACAGGAGGGGUCGUUUGUGCCUAGUGGUGAUGCUGAUGUUCUUUCCACUGCUCUUCAGAAAAAACCCAAUGGCAGUAGAGUUCAAGGGUUGGGACACUUCAUAACCCCAACGCAAUACUUCCACAAGCCAAAAGAGACAAGAACUGAUCGCGAAAAGGAGCAUGAGAUGUGUGAGCAAAGGUACAAGAUGAUGGUUAUGAAGUUUGAAGAAAUGAGGACACAAGUGUCGCAUGCCAUAAGUGAAAUUGGAAGUUCAAGUAUUCCCAACAAAUCUCCUAUUGUGAAGGCUGCUGGAGAGGUAGAUCAACCAAAACUUACUCCGGUGAAGAGACGUCGUGUUACUGUCCCCAGGAGCUCCCCCCCAGACAGCUCCAAGAAUAAGGAGCCCAAAUCAAAUGAGAGUGAAGAAGAAGGAGAUACAAAAGGAAAGCGAAAGGCAACUGAAGUGCCAAAAGAACAAAAGUUGACUCCCCAGAAAAAACAUCUUGCAGCAGUUUCAAGAAGGUCCCCGCGAUUCAUGCAAAUGAAGAAUCUUCCCGAGGAGAGUGUAGUUAGGGCAGCUAACAACACAUGCAUAAGUGAAGCAUCACGAGAACAGGUUGUAGUUGAACUAGGUGGUACUAAAACAAAGGUUGAACCUCCUCACCUCAAGGAAGAAAGCAUUCCAAAGAUGAUUGAAGUUGAAGCUGGAGGUGUUGUAGUUGUUAAAGAACAUGGAAGGACUAAGAUGAAGUCAAAGCAACCACCGGCAAGGAAACUAAUUAUGCAAAGAACUACAAGGUUUGCUGCCGAAAAAAGAAAAGAGAAAAGCAAUAGCAUGAAGAUGUUUUCUAUGCUAGUUGACAAAUGCCUAGGAGAUGGGUACUUGGUCGAACAUGAUGCUGAAAUAUUCGGGUUUGCAACUAAAUCUAUUUUCAAUAAGCAAGUGUGCGACCUUGUAAUCAGCUUUGAGCAGGUGAACAAUUCUGUUGUAGAAAUCUGGUGUAGGCACUUAUAUGAGAAGAUGCUUGAAGAUGGAGGUAAUAUGCCAGUUCAAUUUGGCACGUCUGCUGCAGUACCAGUACCAUUGAAACCCUCAGAUGAGUCCAUUACAAGGAGGUCUCGCUAUAUAGCAGAUCUUUUGGGUGUUGGUUUGCCUGGACAAAUCACACUAAUCCCUUAUAAUACAUGCAAUCAUUGGGUGUUGGUAGCCAUUGAUGUUGUGGCAUGGACAGUGUACUAUUUGGACUCAAUUGGAGAGAAUCCAUCAGAAGAUCUGUCACCAAUUGUGAACCAGGGAGUGAAAAUUCACCAUGCCUCGGUUUCAAAGAAGAGGUUAUCUCUGAAUUGGGUUACAGUCAUGUGCCCUAAGCAAACUGGUUCUAUGGAAUGUGGAUACUUCUUGAUGAAGUACAUGAGUGACAUUGUCUGUGAUGUUAACGUCCUGAAAAAGAAUUUCUCAACAAUAAAGGACUACUCUGAACAAGACAUCUUGCAAGUGUGUGAGGAGUGGGCAGCAUAUGCAACAAAAUUGGUUCUAAAAUGCGGUUGAUUGAAUGAUGGUCUGGAGUUCGUGUACUUUUGGAGUGAAGGAAAAUGCAAGAAACACUUUUGGACUGAAAUUCAUUGAGAACUUUAUGUUGGGUAUACAUUUGUGUAGGUUCAUGUUUUGUGGAAUGUAAAACUUUACGUUAUGCAAUGCCUCGGUUAAUUGUGGCGUCAUUUUUGCUUGAAACUGAAAGCCUGCGCGGCUACGCUCAUGUUGUUGUGGAAGUUGUAACCUAACAUGAAGAAUUAACAAUGAUGAAAUCCAAACACUAUUAUUAUAUUGUAAUGUUUAUUAGUGUGUUUGUAUUUAAAGUUGGGUAAUUGGUGUA